AUGACUUUACAAAGGGGUGAUAUCUGUGGUAAAUCAUUUUCUCGAAGAGCUGAAUUACCUAGACACAAACGUACUCAUACAGGAGAGAAACCAUAUCAGUGUGAUAUCUGUGGUAAAUCAUUUUCUCGAAGUGAUGACUUACCUAAACACAAGCGUACUCAUACAGGAGAGAAGCCAUAUCAUUGUGAUAUCUGUGGUAAAUCCUUUUCUGAAAAUAGUAGUUUGACUAGUCAUAUACGUAUUCAUACUGGGGAAAAACCAUAUCAGUGUGAUAUCUGUGGUAAAUCAUUCUCUAACAGUAGUGAGUUACCUACACACAAACGUACACAUACAGGAGAGCACCCAUACCAUUGUGAUAUCUGUGGUAAAUCAUUCACUACAAAUAGUUAUUUGACUACUCAUAUACGUAUUCAUACUGGGGAAAAACCAUAUCAGUGUGAUAUCUGUGGUAAAUCAUUUUCCCAUAAUUCUAUUUUAAAUGGUCACAAACGUAUUCAUACAGGUGAGAAGCCACAUCAUUGUGAUAUCUGUGGUAAAUCAUUCUCUGAAAAUAGCCAUUUAACUUAUCACAAACAUAUUCAUACAGGAGAGAAGCCAUAUCGUUGUAAUAUCUGUGGUAAAUCAUUCACUACAAAUAGUUAUUUGACUACUCAUAUACGUAUUCAUACUGGGGAAAAACCAUAUCAGUGUGAUAUCUGUGGUAAAUCAUUUUCCCAUAAUUCUAUUUUAAACGGGCACAAACGUAUUCAUACGGGUGAGAAGCCAUAUCAGUGUGAUAUCUGUGGUAAAUCAUUUUCUCACAGUAGUGACCUGUCUAAUCACAAACGUAUUCAUACAGGAGAGAAGCCAUACCAUUGUGAUAUCUGUGGUAAAUCAUUCACUAUAAAUAGUCAUUUGACUAAUCACAAACGUAUUCAUAUAGGAGAGAAGCCAUACCAUUGUGAUAUCUGUGGUAAAUCAUUUUCUAGAAGUAACAUUUUAACUGAUCACAAACGUAUUCAUACAGGAGAGAAGCCAUACCAUUGUGAUAUCUGUGGUAAAUCAUAUUCUUGGAGUAACGUUUUAAGUAGUCACAAACGUAUUCAUACAGGAGAGAAGCCAUACCAUUGUGAUAUCUGUGGUAAAUCAUUUUCUAGAAAUAGUACUUUGACUAGUCAUGUACGUAUUCAUACUGGGGAAAAACCAUAUCAUUGUGAUACCUGUGGUAAAUCAUUCUCUGAAAAUAGCCAUUUAACCAGACACCUACGUAUUCAUACAGGAGAGAAGCCAUAUCAUUGUGAUAUCUGUGGUAAAUCAUUCUCUCACAGUAGUCACUUGCCUAAACAUAAACGUAUUCAUACUGGGGAAAAACCAUAUCAUUGUGAUAUUUGUGGUGAGUCAUUCUCUCAAAAACCCCACUUAAGUUCACAUCUGAGUAUUCAUCAACAGGUGUAAUCGUAUCAAUAUCAAAAUUUGUUACAACCCGGCAGGAAAAGUGAGUCCAUAAACCAUGGCCUCUACCUGGAGUGUUGCCAGUCCACUUAUGCAUACCUUUCCUUCUUGGGACACAAAACUCUACUUGUGAAGACCUGUUGAGGCAAGUGAGAAUCAGGAUCAAAAUCGAAAUCAAUCAAC